AGGUAUGUCCACGCCCUCUACCUGGGCGCCCAGAGCCGUUGGCUCGGCAACCAUGGUCACUUCCACUGGAGGUUGAUGUUUGAGUGUGCUGACAUCACCAUGCUGAGGCUGCUGGAGGCCUUCCUGAAGAACGCUCCUCAGCUGGUGCUACAACUCAGCAUCAUUAUCCAUGCCAACCGGGUCCUGCCGCUGCAGGGUCUCUCUGCUUCAGCCUCCUUGGUCUCUCUGGCCUGGAUGAUAGCGUCCUACCAGAAGACUCUGAGGGACUCCAGAGAUGACAAGCUCCCGAUGUCCUACAAGGCUGUGAUUGUCCAGAUGCUGUGGCACCUCUUCACCAUCGGGGCCAGGACCAUCGCCUUCGCCCUGUUCGCCUCAGUGUUCCAGCUCUACUUCGGUAUCUUCAUCGUGAGCCACUGGUGCCUCAUGACGUUCUGGAUCAUCCAGGGGGAGACAGACUUCUGCAUGUCCAAGUGGGAGGAGAUCAUCUAUAACAUGGUAGUGGGCAUCGUCUAUAUCUUCUGCUGGUUCAACGUCAAGGAGGGCCGCGCCCGUUUCAGUAUGUGGCUCUAUUACUCUGUGACUCUGGUAGAGAACGUGUCUCUCACCGCGGCGUGGUAUCUUUACCGCGGGCCGAACACCUCGGACUUUUACGCCUCGUCGUGGUGUGUGUGGUUUUGUAGCUACGCUCUGGGGAUCUUCUUCAUGUUGGGGUAUUAUUGUCUCCUGCACCCUGACGGGCCGGUGUCCGCGGCUCAGUGGGGGGUGUGUGUGGAGGACGGGGGGUUGAUGGUUGAGUCCUGUGUGACCCCAGCCGAUGCGUCCCCCCUCCCACUUCCGGAUAUGCUCACCAGCCCCCCUAGGACCCUAAGUAGGACUGCAGGUGCGGACCGGGGCGAGGUGGUACCAGGAGAUCUAGUUGUGUUCCAGGUUAGAUCCACCUCUCCUGCCAUGGCCCCCCGUACCCUCAGGACAGAGCAGCCUGUGAUCAGGAUAGACUUGCCCAGAAAGAGGUACCCUGCCUGGGACGCUCACUUCAUCGACAGGCGGCUGCGGAAGACCAUCCUGGUUCUGGAGAACACGUCUCCGGUCACGCCCAGGAUCCAAUACCGCAGCCUGAGAAAUCCUAAAGAGGUUAUGGAGUAUGAGACUACCGUGUAAUGUAAUGUAGCUGCGCUUACCUCCACCACACCAGCAGGGGGCUCCACCAACCAGGUGCAGGGAGAGAACCAGAUUCCUCAACUCUUAUCCUCUUGUGUAAGUAAAUGAAAGAGUUGCUUGGAGCCAACAGUCCACCCUACAGACCCUGCUUCCUCUGUGGGAAGGGGGAGACCAGGGGACUGAGGAGAGCGGAGGAGGCUUGAUGCGGUACUACUGUAUGGAGGACUUUGUCCUGGUGUAAGAAAAGCUGUCAGAAGUUACAGGUCAGGUGUACCUGUGUUUGACCAGUUGCCGGGUAACACUUCCUGUGUGUACUGCAGGAGCCAAUCCGGGGUCAGAGGUGAGAGGUCAAAGGUCAUCUAACUAAGAAGUGACCUCACCGGGCACUACAGGAGACACAGAACUUCCAGCCUCAUCCUUGCGUAUUGAAACAGACCCAGAAUCUAAAGGGGGCUUAG